AUGAAGCGUGCCUUGGACGCGGCUCACUCUGACCCCGAAGAGGAAUCUUUAGCGAGACUUGGCUAUCACGUGGAUUCCGCUGGCAAAUUCCUCCCGGCCUGGGCUGCCCCGACUCUUGGCGCUGGUUUGGACGAUGACAAUCCAAUUGUGGAGAAUCCUUUGCCCAACGUCGACCCCCAGCUCCAGGCUAGUGCUGGCAAUCCCCAGCAGGGUUAUGAGCCGCUUUUCUUCCCUGAAGACAAUGGUAAUGACAACAAUGACUCUGGUGAUCAUCCUCAUGGUGCUGCGGUCAGUGGCAUUCAGCCCGAUAGUGGCUUCUACAAACAAAGAUGCCCCGAGGAGAGUCCUCUCCACCAUGUUGAACAAUUUCUGGUAGAACCUCUGGCAGCGGCAGGAAGCCUCAAUGUGCCUGAGCCACAGCACCGAUUACAACUGAACCAUCAUGCCACUACUCCCACAGCCAACCUCCACCCGUCAACAAGGGCAAAGAAACCACGGAAGCCAAAGGACAAACCUAACCAGACGGGCAGACAUUCGGCAGCAGAGAUCUCUGCCAUUGAGGAUUUCAAGUCCCAGUUCUGCCAAGCCAACGACAUGUCCAGUGAGGACUUUGGUCGCAUGGUCCAACACCGUGAGACUGACCGUGCCGACUUCCCGUGCCCAGAAUCCAUCAUGACAAGAUCCAAAUUCUGGGAGCUUUUGUACGCCCUCAUGCCUCGUCGCAGACGCAAAGACGUGCAUCGCUAUAUGCGCUCGCACUACGUGGCUACUUCUCAAAAGCCACGCCAAUGGACCAGGGAACAGGAUGACGAGCUAGCCGUGUUGCAUGCAAAAUACGGGUCCGACUUCGCCAAGAUCGCACGUAUCUUGGGCCGCUCCCGAGACGACGUCAACACGCGCUUUCGGAAACAUGUACAGCAUCGCGACACCCAAAACCAUGGGUCAUGGACUGAUGCAGAGUGCGUGCGUCUCGAAAAUGCUGUGCGGCAAUGGAGAACUGCCCAGGCCCCCGAGGAUGAGAACGCCGCUGGUUGUCCGGUGCCAGAGGACAUAUAUCAGAUUGACCCGUACAAUAUCCUCUGGAGCCAGGUGAGCGAGCUUAUGGGGCAUACCAGGACCAAGGAACAGUGUGCCGCCAAAUGGAGGGCCAUGCAGAAGAAAAGGAGAGAAGAGGGGCAUAACACAGGCCCGAAGUGA